GCUGAGACCCCACCCGGAGAGCUGCACCCAGCUCCGGGGUCCCCAGCACGGGAAGGACCGGGAGCUGUUGGAGCGAGUCCAGAGGAUGCCACCAAAAUGAUCAGAGAGCAGCAGCACCUCUGCUGUGAGCAGAGGCUGAGAGGGCUGGGCUGGUUCAGCUGGCACUCCAGGGUUAUUUUUGCAGCCUUUCAGUGCUUAAAUGCUGUAAGAGAGACAGAGAAAGGACUUUUUACCUGGCUCUGUAGCAACAGGACAAGGGUGAAUGGUUUUACAUUGUAAGGGGAUAGGUUUAGAUUAGAUAUAAGGGAGGAUUUUUUCUGGCGAGGGUAGUGAGGCCCUGACAGCUUGCCCAGAGAAGUUGUGGCUGUCCCAUCCCCGGAGGUGUUGAAGGCCAGGUUGAAUAAGGUUUUGACAAAAUAGAUUGAGUGGGAGAUGUCCCUGCCCAUGGCAAGGGGUUUGUGCCAGGUGAUCUCUUCCAACCCGAACCAAUCCUUGGUUUGCAGCUGUAAUAAAUAUCAAAAAACUGCAGAGAAGCACAUGGUGUAAAUGAAGCUGAGUUCUGUGAACAGUACAUAUGUGAAUUUAACUUCAUUAGAUCAAUCUGAGUGAGCUAAGAGGUUGAAAUGAUGGCUUUAGGUCUGGAAUUCAAAACCAUCCAUUCAGGGUUGGUUGCAUUUGUGUUCCUGACAUUUGGGGAGCGCCAGUUUUAGAUCCUAGUGCCAGCAGCAUCCUCAGAUCUUGUUGCCAACCAGGGACUAAUUUGCUGGGAAUGUCCAUCCUGCUGGGAAGGUGAUGAUGUGAAUUCCCUCCUGCAGGACUGAGGUGACCACAGGAGGGACAGGCUUCUCCAGGAGCUGCUGAUGAAGCAUUGCCCAGGAGCUGGGGGAUCUGCACAGGAGAACUUCCUGCUGCUUGGAAAUACCACCCACAACUGGAGUUUAGGUUUCAGGAUAAGGGAUCUGUGCAGGCAAAAGCGUCUCAGUACAUUGAUAGCAUUUGCUUUUGGGAGUAAAGGUGCCAUUUUUGCUUGGCACUGAAAGCAUCAGCAUGUUCUGACUCCUCAUGGGUUGGCUUCUCAGACUUGCUCAGACGUGCCCAGAGUCAGUUUGGGUUGGCCAGCCCAGAGCUGCCUGCCAGGCUCUGCUGCUCCAGGGCUUGGGGCUGGCUCAUCCUCAGGAUGCUUAGCUCAGCUCCCCAGGCAGGCUUCUGCUGCUGCUCUGGGGGAGGAAAUGCUGGAGCAGACUCCAGGAAGAUGCCCAAGAAGGGAGGGAAGAUUGCAGACGUGGCCAAGGAAACACAGGCUCAGUGCAAAAAGCCCAAGUUAGACACAGCUGCUUCGCCAUCAGUCCUGAGUUAUGAGAGCCCAGACAGCCUCUUCAGGAGCCUGAUCUCUCCCAUCCAGGAAGAGGAGUUUUUCAGGGACUACUGGGAGCAGAAGCCACUGCUUGUUCAGAGAAAUGAUGUCCUGGUGGCUGCUUACUACCAGUCCCUGUUCCAGCUGUCCCACUUGAAGGAGCUGUGCAGGCAGGGCCUGUACUAUGGGCGAGAUGUGAAUGUCUGCAGGUGUGUCAGUGGGAAAAAGAAGGUUUUAAAUAAAGAAGGUAGAGUGAACUACAUGCAGCUGAAGAAGGAUUUUGACCAGAAGAAGGCAACAAUACAGUUUCAUCAACCUCAGAGAUUUAAGGAGGAGCUGUGGAAGAUUCAGGAGAAGCUGGAGUGUUACUUUGGGUCCCUGGUGGGCUCCAAUGUUUACAUCACUCCCCAGGGGUCUCAGGGCCUUCCCCCUCACUACGAUGAUGUUGAGGUGUUCAUCCUCCAGCUGGAAGGAGAGAAGCACUGGAGGCUCUACAAACCAACAGUGCCUUUGGCUCGGGAGUACAACGUUGAGCCAGAGGAGAGGAUUGGGAGUCCCACACACGAAUUCAUCCUAAAGCCAGGUGACUUACUGUACUUCCCAAGAGGCACUAUUCACCAGGCUGACACUCCUCAUGGCAUCUCCCAUUCAACACACGUGACCAUCAGCACCUACCAAAACAACUCCUGGGGAGAUUUCUUAUUGGAUGCAAUUCCUGGCCUGGUGUUUGAUACAGCAAAAGAGGACGUGGCACUGAGGAGAAGCAUUCCAAGGCAACUGCUCAUGCAGGUGAACACAGCUGACUGCACCAAAAAGCUGAGCAGCCUUCUGAGAAGGCUUGCAGACAGUCUGGAGAACUCCAGGGAGCUGAGAUCAUCCGACAUGAAGAAGGAUUUCAUCACGCACCGGUUGCCGCCGUGCUUGGGAUGUGACUCUGAUCCUUUGACUCCAGGUGGGAAAUUGCCAAAAAUAGAUAGCAGAAUCAGACUGCAGUUUAGAGACCAUGCUAUCAUCACUGUGGAACCAGAUCAAGAGAAUGCUGAUGAAAUUCGCAGGGAGAUGGUUUAUGUGUAUCAUUCCUUAAAGAACAGGAGAGAAACUCACAUGAUGGGGACAGAGGAUGACACUGCCAGUGAGGAUGGCCUGGCACAGCAGACUCACGGGCUGCGGUUCCCCCUGUCAUACUUGGAUGCACUGAAGCAGAUCUGGAGUAGCAGCACUGUUACUGUUAAAGAGCUUAACCUUACCUCAGAUGCAGAGAAAGAAAACCUUGCCUUGUCACUCUGGACUGAAUGUCUGAUUGAAGUUCUGUGAUGCUUUUGUGAAUUAGCUGCUCCUGGCUUUUCGGCAUCUCUUGAGACCACAGUUUAUUAAAAUAGGUUUUUUUUAAAAUCCA